GGAUUGUUAGUUGAGUAGAGCACCGCGUCGUUCACGCACGUAACUGCCGACAGAAACUUUCGCGCGGUCGCGAAUACUUACAUUGACGACACGAUCAUUUUUAAAAUAAUAAAAAAAAACAAUCGUGUCUUCGAUUCUAUCUCAAACAGAAAAUAUUAAUGUAUGUGGUUUUACCAAUCGGCCGGGCAUAAUGUUUUGCCGCGCAAAUUUCUUCGUAAUUGGAUUUAUUUUGCGAAUCACUUCUGUAUCUCCCAUCGCUGAAAUUGAUCCGGAUGAUGAAGUGUUGCACUUGAUCGGCGAGCCGGAUUUUCGCGAUGUGCGCCUGCGCUGGGAGUACGGCCAGCUGGACGAGGACCAGCCCCGACCCCUGGCCUUCCAGGUGCACUAUUGUGAGCUGCAGGCAUGGGGGCAGUAUCGGUGUAGGACGAAGGUAAUAGACGAUUUAGAGGAGGAAAAAUCAAGUCGUGGAGCACCCGAGGCGUCGACGACCACAAUGCAGCCCUCAGGCAGACGCGGGCGCAUGUACAGCGCGCGGAUCACAGGUUUGCGGAUGGCGACCACUUACUCGUUCGAAGUGCGGCCUGUCAAGCGGGACGCCCGUGACCUGGCUGACCCUAACUCUAUCGGCUCUAAAAUUAUUAUAGUGCCGACAAAGGGAUUUUCCGCUCGAGCGACGCAGUGCUUGCCGCACGCGAGUGAAGUGGAAGUGUCGACAGGGCCGUACUUCGGCGGGCGCAUCGCGGUGGAGGCCGCGGACGGGGGGCCGGAGCGCUGCGCGCUGCAGGGGAACCCCAACAGCGCGCAAGACGCCUACAUCUUGCGCAUCUUGCACGAGGACUGCGGCUCCGACGUUAAUGACACCACCGUUGCCACAUAUGUCAUCGUGCAGGAGAACCUGCCCAUCCUUACCCACAGCACGAGACGCUUCCUAGUGCUGUGCACAUACAAGCCAGAGACGUUGACAGUCCGCGCGGGUAUAAACCUGCCUAAAGCCAAUCCUGGCGAUGUGCUGCACCACAUGCGGGGCGCGGGGGGCGCGGGGUCCGCGGAGCCCGACGACCGGGAGUUGGAUUAUAACGAGCUGCAGCCUGCAAGGCUCGAGGCCGACAAGGAGGAGACUGAACAGAGCAUGUUUGGCGAAAUCACCCUGGUAAUGUUUCUGGUGGUUACGGCUUUCGGCGGCAUUGCUCUACUGAUAUGGAAGGUGGUUCCUCAGGAAGACAGGGAUAACAUAUCCAUCGCAACAGUGUCAUCCUUGUCUCGCAGUGGCAUUUUCGGGAGGAGAAACAGAGACAGAUUCUCAGACCAAAGUUCAGUAUACUCAAUAACGCUUUCCGAAAAAGACGACGGUAUUCUGAAGAAGCCACAUGAUGGAGACAACACUUCCGAGGCGUAAACAUGAAACGUAGAAAUACAAAAUUAAGAACACAUUGCACAUUAGCAUUUACCUAAAAGACGAUUUGUAAAUAUUUAUUCAGAAAUUGUAAAUGGACUGAUAUGAGAUGGAGAAAAUUGGGUACUAUCGCGAUUAAAUUCCCCGCUAGAGGCGGUGUUGUGGAUGGUUAGUUUUCAUACACAAUUUUGACGUUUGUUGUGCGCAUGAGCGCGAGACCUUUCUCAACACUAGCGCCCCUAGCGGCGAAGUCACUCCUGUUAGGCCCUAUGAAGUUGCUCUCUAUUUAUUUUUAAUUACAGUUCGUGUAUUUUAACGGGCCAGUAAGAGUAUGUUUUUUGCACUAUACACAUUUUUUUAUUGCCAUACAUGUUUAUGACUAGCAUCUGUAUCUAAUCUACAUCUCUAACUACCUGUGAUACGAAACCAUGGGAAAGUAAAGGAAACAAUUAUUUUUUAAAGCAAAAAAUAUUUCAAUUUGCAAUUUUUGUUGCGUAAAGGAAAUUGAACUAAUCGAAUCCUAACGCCCUUUUUAUACCAGUUAACUGAGCGAAACUUUUCAGUUGAACGAUAGACUUAGUUCGGGAUGAAUGUAGGUACAAGUGCAUUCAUUGAUUUAUAAAAGAACUGCGAUUUUAAUUUAAGUAAAUUUUAAGUAUAACUAGCUCUAGGAAUAA